AUGUUCGAAGGCGACAUCGAAGGGGGCCGGUUUCACACCAAAAACAACCCGAAGGACCCCUAUCAGCGCCGCGAAGUCAUUCAGAGGUCUGGUCAUGGUGUCGAUAUCCGAUGCACCCUAAUCGACGCCAUUCAUGGUGCCAUGUCUGAGGACAGUGACUACUGGGCGACUCUGUUGGUUCUCCAGUUCCGUUUUGAUCCUCAGAAGAGGGCACGUCGAAUCUCAGAAGCAACUAUCGAGCUCACGUUUGACGUCUCAGACCCGGAUGGCAUCCCUCCGGAGGUCGAGGCAGUUUCCUUCGAUGGGCACUAUAGCUUCCUUCCCAGCAAGCAAUCCGAGACUGUCACAAGAGGUGGCGAAGGGACUGUUGGCGUCAGCUACGGAGCAGAGCUGGGCGCCUCAGCAAAAUGGGAGAAGGCAGUAACUCGUGAAACGGAAGACGCUACCAAGAUCAUGGGAGGCAAGCUUAUCGCCGGCAGCAUGCCCCCCGAACGCAAGGCAAAGUGGACGCUCCUGGAGAAUCAGACUCUCAAGACGGGUGUCCCGGCUUCCGUGCGAGUUGCUGUCAGGAUCAAGAGAAUGGACGAGAAAAUGUUUACCUGCCUUCCUCGGCUCAAGUGCAAGGCAGAUCGGUGGACGUCGCUGCAAUCUUUCUUUGGGGGAGUUCCUGCGGAUGAUCCAGUGCUAUUGAAGCCGGAUAUGAAGCCGACAAACAAGUUGAUGGUGUAUGAUACUGAAGAGCUGGGCAGCGUUGACCUGCAGAAGCUUAGCGAUGUUACGUUUACUACGAUGAUAUUAGAUGCUCAGAAGUAG